CCCCGCUGUGUCCCCGCUGUGUCCCCGCCGUGUCCCCGCGAUGUCGCCGCGCUCCGCCCGCCUGGCGCGGCUGUCGCGCUCCGUCACCUUCAGCGCCUGCCACCGCCUGCACAGCAAAUCCCUGAGUGAUGAGGAGAACCUGAAGCUGUUUGGGAAGUGCAACAAUCCAAAUGGCCACGGGCACAACUACAAAGUUAUAGUCACUGUGCGAGGAGAGAUUGACCCAGUCUCAGGGAUGGUGAUGAACCUGACAGACCUGAAGGAAUUCAUGCAGGAAGCGAUCAUGGAGCCGCUCGACCACAAAAACCUGGACAAGGAUGUGCCCUUCUUCUCCGAGGUGGUGAGCACCACGGAGAACGUUGCCGUGUUCAUCUGGGACAGCCUCCAGAAGCUCCUGCCCCAGGGAAUCCUUUACAAGGUGGAAGUGCAGGAGACAGAGCAGAACGUCGUCGUUUACAAGGGAGAAGAAACAAUUGUGAAGUGAAAUCAGCCUCAGCUCAGCUGCUCAGGAGAAAUGCUCCAUCAUCAGCUCCAUGGAUUCCUCCAGCCCUGCUCAGCAUUUCCUGCAGCCAGCCCCGGGUUCUCUUACAUCAGGACAAGUGCAGAUGUUUCACAAGGACCCUCGUGGGCAGCAAUUUUCCCGUCUGGGUUCUCAGAAUGGGUUGGUUUCUCUGUUUUUCCUCAAGACCUUCCUGUUUUGCCCAGCUGAGCCACCCAGCUGAUGUGAAAUUUAGAAUUAUGCCGUGGUAAAUAAAGUAGCUUUGGAGAGAAGAGGUGGCCUGGCAAAACCAAAAAAUUCUUUGAUUUCUCUCUAAUUAAAUAUUGAUUUAUGAUAUUUAA